CCCACCCCGCUCUUUAUCAUCAUCAUCGUUAUCAUCAUCAUCAUUAUCAGCAUCGUUAUCAUCAUCAUCAUCCCACACUCGCCCUCACUGCACCAUCGCGAUGGACAAUCGAUCCCAGCCUGGAACACACGAUGGUCCAGCCGACGAGCACGAAGACGCGAACUCGGACGCUGACAGGGGUGCCGCGGUACCGCACGUGCCAGCGGGUGAUGAGCUGCUCAGGAAGCGCAGGCAGGAUGACGACGCGGCAGGGCCCGAGGAGGGCCAGGAGCUGUGGAAUGACCCCCUGGCUGACAUGGCCCUGAAGUACGGCACCAACCUGGCCGUCCGCUCCAGGGAGGCCGUGGACAGAGGCAUUAGCAAAUAUUUUCCCAUCGACAAGCUAAAAUGCUACUUUGCAGUGGACACGGUGUACGUUCAAAAUAAGCUAAAGGUUCUUCUGUGUCCCUACACACACAAGAACUGGGACCUUCGGUUCCAGAAGGGCGAGCCAGUGGCACCGAAGUUUGACGUGAAUGCUCCCGAUCUCUACAUCCCAACCAUGGCCUUUCUGACCUACGUCCUGGAAGCGGGCCUCGUCUACGGCACGCAGGACAGGUUUUGCCCCGACGUACUUUGGACGCGCACCAACAUGGCUUUGACGUGGCUCUUGGUGGAGGUGCUUCUCGUCACCCUGGGGCUCUACCUGGCCGCUCUGCGCGUGCCCAUGGACAUCCCUGAGAUCGUGGCGUACGCGGGCUACAAGUACGUCGGGAUUGUGCUUAGCGUGCUGGCUGGCCUGCUGCUUGGACGUUGUGGCUACUACGUGGCCCUCUCAUGGAAUUCCUGUGCAUUUCUUUUGUUCAUGAUCCAGACGAUGAGGCUGAAGAUCCUACCGGACAUGGACGUGACGGGCAGGGCGCAGAGCGUCUCCGCGGGCCGCCUGCGCAUGUACCUCACCGUGGCCAUCGCCGCCGUGCAGCCUCUGCUCAUGCUCUGGUUGUCCUCAGACCUGGUCUUGUGAGUGUGAGAAGCUUCGUUUAGCGUGCCACCCAGGGCCCGUUCUUGUAAAGGGAAUAGUUGUGGUGGGUUAUUUUUACAUGUGUAAAGCUCGAAUAAUGGACGAUAUAAUUGUUUAAUGUUCCACUCAAUUAAUCUUUAUUACAAUGGAAGGGAAACGGCACACAGGGGCAUCAAGUUUCAUGUAUUAGGUAUAGCCCUGUGAGCCAUUCGGCUCUUGAAUCGGGUGCAACCGCAACAAACAAAAAACAAAAACAUGAACAAGAAUGCAUCUUAUAGUUACUAUGUGCAAACAUACUCACUCGUGCAUACGAACGAAGGGACUGCAUUGACGGUUGUGUACUCGGCACGGACAAAAAGGAAGCCUCGUCGUUUCGCUGCCUUAUACCUCUCAUCGUGUAUAAAGAAUUCACCACUGCCGCACACGCAUCGUUAGCACUGCCCAAAGAGGAAGAAUAUAGCACGUCAGGUGAUGUGAAGAAGCGCCAUUGCCCGAAAUGUCACCUCGUACAUCUCCUUUUAAGGCGACAAACGUGUUGAGUUUUUUCGUUGUUUGUGCUUGUGCACCACCGCCAAUGCGAUAUAUCACCAAAUAAUUUAUUUUAUCGCUCGCUCGUUAAGUUGUAUGCUCAGCAUUUCUUCAACGGGGCCGACUGAUGAGAGCAUGAGAGUCGAAGCGGCCUUGAGCGUGGCCACUAAAGCAUCCACUGUGGCAUGACAUUGGUCCUCAAGACCCAUCGGUCGAUGGACUAGAAUGUUAAGUUAUUUUUACUCUUGCCUGUUUAUUGCUUAUUAAUUUGUUCAUAUUGUUUAAAUUGGUCACUGCCACUCUCUCGCCGUACUGACGAAAGAUGAUUGCCAGAAAUAUUGGACCUGAACGUAUAUUUUUCUGCAAUACGGCAGUGUUAAUGACAAAGCUUUUGAGGUUUCUAUUUACAUAUUUGAACAAGUUUCUUAUAUUGUAUCUAUUGAUUCUCCCUGCAUAAGCACAAUGUGUGCAUUCCACAAUGUGUCGCAUUGUGGAAUUGAUGACAUGUCUGUGAGAUGAAAACCCCGGUCGAAUAUUUGCCCAUAGGCAUAGCUUACGGGAGUACUGGAUUUGCACUCUUUAUUUUUUCAGCUGUGCUUUGGGCCAAUCUCUCAUAGUUGCCUAUUAAUCGAUAGAUGCAGUGUGCUCAAAUGAAACGGUGUUAUUACAGUGUUUACACGAUGGUCAAGAUGACCAAAGUCACGUUCUGUGAAGGUGUGGAUUAAAAACCUAAUUACUGGUCCGCACUGCAAAGUUUACAGAGCGACACAGAAAGAUUCUAGCUUAAAUUGCUGUGUAUUGAAACCAGUGGUUCACUCUGAACUUUGUUGACAGUGUCUUGAGAAGCCGAGAGAAGCGUUGGGUAAUUUCCCAGUGGACUGAUUGAAUUGCUAGGUGCGAGACAUCAAUCAAACAAUGAUGUCAUUGUCAUCACUGAUUGGUCUAUUCACCAGACUAUGCUUUACUAUGCUUUUGUUGUGCUGGUAUCAUGUAAAACAAUAGUACGCUUUGAAACAAAACGCUCUUAGCUCAUUCAGGGAGUGACUUCAGAGACCAAUUGAAAUAAUCAUCAUCACUCUGUUGUAGGUUUGUAAAAAUGGUUACGUGGCGACCAGGUUUAAGAUCUCCGUAGUGUCGAGUUUGGCACGACCAGUGUAACAUGGACAUUAGACUUCUGAGCCACCCUGCCACGUCUGGGUCAUGCGUAUAAGGUUAAGUCCGUAGUUUUAGCCUCCUUUCUUUUAAAAUAUGCAUGAUUUUUGUAUCACUUGUAUGUUAGUUAUUUAUGAAAUAGGCUCAAGUGAAAUAAGAUGGUGUUUACACUUUUUAAGCACGAGGUUUCGGGGCUUAGAAUGGGCCAUUGCGAUGGAGAAGCCCAAAGUUUCAGGAAGGCAGACUUGUGCACUGCUGUGUUGCAACGUCCCUAACAAGGGUCAAAUGUGCACCGCAGCGAUUUUACCUCGCUGCUCUUCGUGCCAACGACUCUGUUGCCAGUGGCUUCGAAGCUGCUAGGCUGAAUAUAGUUUACAACUAUGCUCAUUACUAAACUGCCUUGUAACUAAUACACUAACUUUAAAUGAAAUGUCCAUUCUCUGCCCGAGGGGUUAUUAUGUUUAUCCUGUAUAUACAUUCAGUUUUAAGGGGGUUUUUUUGUUGACAGAUGCAAACUGUAUAUGUCAAUCAGGCUUAACAUAGCUUUAUAAGCCUUGAUGUUGUGGAUGAAUUGUCAACCAUGUUAUGUGUCCCACAUGUAGCCAACAGGGAAGUGAUUGUAAUGUUUUUAAGGUGUCAUCAUGGAUUGGAUCUAUUUUAUCUCGUGGUAGAAUGAGCAGACAUUGCUCGCAGAUGGCGAUAACAUCCAGGGGUGCUCAAUGGCAUUCGUUUUAUAGCCCACGCUGUUACCAAUGAGCCUCGGUGAAGUCAGAGCCCAUCAUUGGUUUUCCUAUUUAAACAAAUGAUUCUGGGCAGCAACUAUCAGGAAUACCUGGAGGUUUUUGGAUGAAACGCUAUUUCAUUUUAGGUACCCAUUCAAGCAAUUUACUUAUUUGCUUUCAUAACAAUGAUGUAAUUUACAGAAGCAGAUAGUUACAUCCAAUAGGAGGUCAAAGUACACAACACACUUUGGCCAAGUGGAUAAGACCCUUUUGGCUAAGAGCCACUUAUAUUCAUCGAUUAACUUUAAUGACUUAAUCCAGUAUGAUCGGUUUAGGAGCCAAUGAACUGAGCCUGCCAACGAUAGAAAAAAUGUCGCCUCUUAUUUGGUAAUCUUGAUGCAUGGCACUUAACGGGGAUUUCUCGAUAAAUAAAUGGCACUACUAAACUCGGCAUGCCACCGCUAAAGCCACUGGAAUUUCAGAACGACGAGCGAUUGUGAAGUCAUGCUCGGUCCCUCCCAGAGGGUGCCCGUGAGCACGAAAAUGGAAAGCUUGAAUGGUAAAACAUGUUUUGAAUAAGUGUAGCAUGCUAUCGUGGAGGUGAUGUUAUGUAGUUUUAUGCUUCCGCUUAGAUCAGAACGUCCAUGCUAUGGAGAUAUGUUACACCAUCGACUGCUAAAUCAGCAAUUACACUGGUCAACACACUUUUUCUGGCAUAAGGUAUUUUAACAGUUUUAAGGUAAUUUUGGGAUGCUGAUUCCAAAUCUGGCAUCAGUUUUUGUCUAUCACAUCAGGUUUUUGAGAUAUCAAAUAUUGCAUUUUCAAUAAAAACUGCAGAAGAAAAAUAUAAAAUGUGGAUAUCUACAUAAAAUGAUAUUAUAAACACACUAUCCUAUAAAUACAGCACCAUAUAUUAACACUAAAUCAGUCACUGACUCGCAACAACUUGCAAUCAUAAGUGGCAGAGUUAAUUUCGGGUAAAAUCAAUGAAAAUGGGGUAUGCCGAUAGCAUAAAAAUGAGAUGUGAUAGAGCAAAUCUGAGAUCAGAUUUGGAAUCAGCACCCUGAAAUUAGUCUAAAACAGCUGCAAAAGUCCAGGCCAAAAAAAAAUGUUUUUUUGUUGACCAGUGUUAUUGCAUUGAGUUCGUGUGUGUAUCUUAAAGAGCCUGGAUACACAUGCAAUGCCUUAAAACCACUAUAACAAAACCGCUUGUUUAAACUUGCCUCUGCACACAGACUAAACAUGCACUGAUGCACAUUAAUUCUAGAUUUGAAGCUUUCGUGACUGCAAGGAUUCAUAUUCUUAUUCUUACGUGACUUUACCGAAAAAACCUAAGAAUACUGAUGCACAUUGACUGAAUCUUCAUAGCACAACCGCUGUAGAGCAAACCAGCUUUGCUGUGCACUACGGACAGCCAUUUGCAAUUGUAAACACUCUGUAAAUUCAUCUGUAAAUACAUUUUACAAUUACAAGGGGUAUUUUUUUAUUAUUAUUGUUAUUAAAACAGAUUGUGUGGAAGUGGCAAUAGGAUGAUAUGCAUUGCACAAGUAGAAACCAUCUCCUGUUCACACUGCCAGGGCAAGUGCCAUUAAGAAGCGCCUGUUACGGAUAACAUAAUGCACAACUCGGUACCACGGUGGCGAGAUGCAAACUACCUCGCCUGGUAUGCAAGAGGUCGUGGAUUCGAUCCCGACCCAGAUGCCUGUAUAUUUAGGGUUUGCGUGUCUCUCCCCAUGGUCACAUGGACUUUUCUCUGGUUCCUCCAGUUUCUUUCCUCCCCACAUUUAGAAACAGACGUUUAUAAGUUUGCUAUCCACGUGAUAAUCCACUUCGUUGAGCUGUGAUUUGUGGCCAGCUACAUAGCUCGGUGGGCCUUACCUGGUUAAAUAAAUAAAUAAUUUGGUUUAGGUUUGACCAACGCCAAUAUUUCCCCCAGCACUGGAGUUGACCGUACCCACGCAGCAGGUACCUGGUUGCAAGCUAAUUCAACCAAAGAGAGGCCACAGGCUAAAUUCAUCUACCAACUGUCACCGAUGUUGGACAUAUGGUCCACAGUAAACCUUGGUCACUGUGACUGUGGUAGCGGUGUGUGUUAACCGCAAUGCCACCGCUUCACUGCGCACGCUCAGCUGAUGCCGAUUAUUGCUGCUAUGCGUGUUUUGCUCGUGUGCACCGCUCAGCAGACCCUGUGCGUUCUUCGUGGCUAGAACAAAAAGUGGCGAACUAAUUGUACUCCUCUGUGAUUGCACUUAAAUACAACUCACUAUCUGGUGCACGUUUGCACUUAUUUUUUAAUUGUUCUGGGUUCAACAGCAUUGUCCGUGUUGUAUCAGCAAUGUGGCAGUGGGUGAGUGUACAUUGGAAUUAAGCAUUUCACGGUGUCUCCCCUUUGUCCCGGGUUAUAUGUCUUUGUGUGCCCGCUUCUCUCCCCACGCCUUCACUUGUCUAACAGCGUCUUAGGUAGCCUGCACAUGUCUCCCCAUGCCAAUGUGUGGCCUCCCUGGCUGUCUACGUAUGACUUCCGUGUCCCAGAGGUCGCAAACGGGUUUUGAUUCCUUACCCGUACCCAUUCCCGGCUGCACCAGGGUCGCAAACGGGUACCCGUACCCUACCCGAUACCCGGCUACCCGGCUACCCGUACCCGGCCGGGCAUCGGGUAGGGUACGGGUACGGGUACCCAAUUGCGACCUCUGGGAUGAAGCCAUGUUGCAGGCGCGGGUGGGUUUAUUCUAGGAACUUGAAUCGUGAGAAGAGACAAGACGUUGGGAAAUGAGUGACAAACAGUUACUCACCAGUGACUCACGGCCUACCCGUACCCGGCCGCACCAGGGUCGCAAACGGGUACCCGUACCCGUACCCGACUGGGUGCGGGUAGCCGGGUAUCGGGUAGGGUACGGGUAUCGGGUACCCGAUUGCGACCUCUGCCGUGUCCUCAGCCUGACAUCAAGACUCUCUCCCGGCAUGCCUUUAGACCCCUCCAUGCAUCCCAAAGCCUCUCUAUCACUGUGGAAAAAUCCAAGCAACAUCACUAGAAUGAUCAGUUGUAGAGGUGAUGUUUUCAUGCAGCUCUUGUUAAAUCGUUUACAUAUUCACUCCGUUGUGAGCUAUUCAGGUUUGUUGACUGUGAUUCUGAAAACUACAUUCAUCACUUUGUAUGAAGGCAAUUUGUGUAGAUUUACACUAUCCAGAAGCAGUGACGUACAUGUUGACUUGUCUUAAAUACCGGCUUUUUAAUGUUUGGCCGUGACUUAAAUUUGUAUAUAAAUAGUGCACAUUUGUAGAAUUAAAACUUGGCACUGAGAGCGACAAGCUUUUAAUCACGACGCGACUUUAAAUCCCGAUCAUGAGUGACAGCCUCACAAUCCCUGUGAGGUCAUGAAAAUGAAUAGCACCUUGAUAAUGCGAGUUGGUAGGAAGUCAGAAAUUGUUAGCCCAUGGAUGAACUGAUCCACUUUCGGGUCGUUGAAAUAUCCAUCGCUGGCUGCAAACCGUCAACAGCAAUGAGCACUGCCGCCCGUCGCACACUUGAGCAUGGAACACUUUGGGCCAGAUUCCCACCUUAACAAAUUGUCUGCAAUACUUCAUCGAUUUGCCCAGCUAUUGAUACAGAGACCUCGGAACAUUUUGACAUAAACUGACGGAAAUUUACAUUUGUCAAUAACAGAAUCUGGCCCUUUGACUCUGUGCUGUUAUAUACUCCUGAAAUUGUGUCUCUAUAUGCACAUAUAUACACUGCGUCAUCAAAGGCUUGUUGGCACAGACUUUGUGCUCGAACUUACUCGCUCGUCUGGUAAUUUACAUCACACAUACAAUACACGUUGGUCUUUUAUAUCAUUUAGAUACAACCUAAUACCAAGGUUAUUUCAAGAGCAGUCGGCAUAUACGCUUUAUAAAGGGAAAUAGACAGAUGGGCUUUUUAUAACCCUAAAAUAAUUAAACGUACAAACAAAUCUCUGUUAGAAAAACUGUCAAAUCUAAACACUUAAAUAGGUUUUUACAUACGAUGUCAAUCUUAAAUGUUACUUGUUCGUAGAUUAUUUGGUAAUGUUCGAUGUGGAUGCCGCUGGUCACGGCGCACACGCACAGUAUCAUGUGAGGCACCUCGACUGAUGUGUGUCAGGCAGCAAAAUGAGCCGCAGUGGUUGGGUGACACAGCAGACUGCUCCAGCUAAUGGUUGAAUAAUUUAUCAGUUAAAUGUAGCAUGCCGUACGGACAAUCACCGGGCGAGGAUAGCUUGUGAUGGGCUAUGCAGCCUCCGUAAUUGUCAAUGUGACAUUAAUGAUGAGCCACUUUCUACACCAAACUGCGUAUAGUCUUAUCGAGCAGUGCAGGUUUUCUUUUUAAUCUCGCAAACAUGAUACACAUCGCCAUUUAAUGAUGUGCAGUUAUGGAAUGUCCUUUACCCUGGUGAGGGUCAAUAUUCAUUUUAAGUGGACACUAGACCAUAAUUACUCAAUUAUGUGUUAUUUGCUAUUGCUUUAGUUGUAAUGUACACAUGUGGACUACAGUCUUGGUUGUGACUGGCACACAUAUGCCUGGCAUGGUGAACGGCAUUGCACCACCGUUAAAGUAAACGUUACAUCACGUGGCACGAUGCAGUCAUUCCCAGGCUGUUGCUGCCAUCAACACUUAUAAACAGCCUGCCUCGGCAGAUUUCCCCCUCUUUUUUAACCUGAAGAAGAUCACUUGUGUUGUGAUCGAAACGUCGUGAUAUUGUUAUUAUUUUGAUUAUGUUUUCUAUCUACGUGGCUUUACCGAAAGACCCAAAGAAUGUGUCCCUUGGAUGUUUAUGAAAGGCACUAAUAUAAUAAUGGUUGCUAGGAAAUUUCGGCAGAUUGUGCAAGCAGUCUUUUUCUUUGCACAUUUAACAAUUAGUGUAUUGAAUGGCGGCUAACUGCAGGAAUCCGUGGAACAAAAGUGUGAAUGUCAAUUUCAGUCAAGACUUAGGGACUGACUUUGAUUAUCUAUGAUCGAUUGCCAGCUCUUCAGAGGACCAGCAGAAAGCACAGUGUCCAGUGAAAGCCUUCUCUGCUUGCCAAGAUGAUAAUUCCACCUGGGCUCAAGCGUGACCCAAGAGAGCAUAAUCUGCCAGGGCUGGAUUUCCCAUUGGCCUGAGCCGGCUGCUGUUUCAUUAGCCCAUGUUCAUGGUGUGGGUGGAACACUGGCCCGCAUAUCAAAACGGAUGUGUCUCUAAAAAGCCCAUCGUACGAGCCUGUGAAACAAUUUUAAUGCAAUAUAAUAUAUACUGCCAUUUAUUAAUCCACUGCUCGAUGAAGACCUCCAAACCUUUCGGUCAUGGGGGUUGUUUAGCUAUACUUUGAGAUGCUGGUUGGUGGAGGGAGUGCCCAGGAUCAGUUCAGACAUCACUCUUAACUGCUGUUAGCCAUGACCAGCAAGUGAACUCGUGUCACCUGGGAUCGGAGUGCAUUGCACUAACCACUGCUUGGCCGCUGUCAACGGAUCAGUGCAUUCAUCAACUGGAUUGCAGCUGUAGCCGGAGAAAGCUAAAUAUCCCCAUUACUAUGGGAGGAGCUCGCUUGCUGCCAAGGUUUAUCAUCAGAUGGAAAGGAUUUAAGGCUGUUUAACAACAUUUUAGGCUGUCGCAUACAAUUUAAAAAAUGCCAAAUAUUUACCAUUUAUGUUUCCAGAAAAUGCUCACUGAGUCUCCAAUCUUUUUUCAGGAGGGUCCUGCACUGGGAUGUUUGACCAGUUCCAUUAAUUGACAUUUGAGUGUUUAAUGAGUGACUUAAUACUUCAUUAUCAUCGUUGUUUAUUGUUUGACUUAGAGCCGCAUUAAUAAGCGUUUGGCAUAUGGGAGGAAAUCAUUGUACCAGGAGAAAGAUUCACUUGCACGAGAGAGCAACUCACAAUACUGCCGGAACAUUCUGUCCACCUUGCACUCCUAUGUCUACAACUUGCCCUGUUUGUCAUCCAUUCAACUACUAACCAGCUUCAAACCCUGCUUCUAAGAUCUGAUGUGAUCAGGUGCACUUAUUGUGAUGGGUAUGGAGGACCGGGUACGUAUAACUGCCGCAUUGCACGAUCGAGGCACUACAGAGUGAAAAUAUAAUGAAAUUGAGAAGCCAGAAAUUAACUACUGUUACUUUCAUUAUAUUGUGCAGUCGUCUUAUCAUUUAAUUUGAGUAUCUUUCAAUGUCACGGCUUUAUCCCAAGUCGUUUGUCACACCUAUUAGCACAGUCGGCUACGUACGGUGUGAAAGAAGUUCAACAAACAUACCACUGCGUUACUGCAACAACACGUUAUGGGGCGCCAUGGUAGCGAAAUGUUAACUACCUCGCCUGGUAUGCAAGAGCUCGUGGAUUCGAUCCCGACCCUGGCACCUAUAUAUUUGGAGUUUGCGUGUUCUCCCCGUGGCAACUUGGAUUUUUCUCUUGUUCCUCCGGUUUUUCCCUCCCACAUUUAGCAAUACGCAUUUAAGAUUAUUUGACUGCAUUACAUUUCCACGUGAUGAACCACUUCGCAGAGCCAGGUCGCUGCUGAAAAAGAACUGUAUAUCUCAGUCGGCCUUACCCGGUAAAAUAACAAAUAUUUAAAAAUGUCACUCAUAACAUGUCAAGUCUGGUGGAUAAACACGUACACUUGCACGCCCUCUAUUGGGCGUGCAGGGUAUUGUGGGGGAAAUUCCGCGUGACUAAAGGGUAAUUAUAGUUCAACUUUGUGCACAGUGAUUGAUACACUGCAUGCUUACGCUGGAGCACCAGUCUGAAGCACUGCUGCUAUCUACCGGUCUCAUUUGGUACGCAAUGUUCACAUUUCCAUGCGGGUGCACUGAGCUUAUUAUUAGCGCCGAGAUAUCUUUGGUCACACCCCACCCAGUCAUUGUAUCACACCAAUUCUGCAUUUUUCAAGCGUGCGAUCAGGUUCAUUUGCUGAUCGUCAGCCAAAGGAUGAAUGCGUGCGCAUGUGGGAUUAGUUGUAUUUGGGGUGAACAUUUUAGUGGGCUUAAUAAUAAAUAAUGCUGUGUAUGUUGCGGUGCCCUUGACAAUAUUUCUCCACUGCAGUAUGUUUGACCAUCUGACAAUUGAGCUGUCUGAGUGUGCUUUUGUCGUCGUACCAAAAACGCAGUGAAUUGGAGAGCUCUCCGGCACAACCGUGAAAACCUACACAACAUUACAACUGACAUUUGAGCCGUCCUUUUUUAUUAUGCUUAACAUGUGAACAUGUUAUUGAUGAGCAUGGAAGCACUACUGUCACAUGGUUAUCUACACCAAUAAUCAAAAGAUAAUAGAUCUUUACUACAUUACCUGGUUGCCUAUCGAGACAAUUGCAGUGCCACUCAUUCUAAAACCUUGGCUCUCUUAAUGCCGUAGCUUAUUGUAUGCAAGGUCAAAAGAAAGGCGGACGAGAUAGUGACCAUAGUGUAAUGUGUUCGCCGUGCAAUUUCUGAGACAAGUGACUUAACUGUAACUCAAAGUAAUCAGUAUUCACAGUGUCUUAUUGAUUUUAUCAACAAAAUCAGUCAGUUUUGACAGUCAUUGCUUGAAGCAAUCUAUCGGAAUUGAUUUGGCACAAUGUUUAAUCUGAGUAUCUUUCAAUGACACGGCUUUAUCCAAAGUAUCUAUGCACCCUUCCAAGAGACGAAUUGCUUUAAAAGUAAUUGUAAUGGCAAAUGGACUGUCGGUAUUUUUAAAGAAAUGUGUCGUGCUACCCAGUUCGUUACACUUAAUGGUUGAGGAAUUUACAUUUGUAGGUCCUUAUUAUAGCCUAUAUUUUACUUGACAGUCAAUACUCGUCCUUCAUAUCCUAGGUGAUCGAUACUUUAUUGAAUUGUUGCUUGAUGCGGAGAGCCAGAUUGGGUUUUGCUUCGAUGGCCCAGAAUUGCUCAGUGAACUAAAUGCCCACAGUUGUGCAACUUCAGCAGCCUUGUAUGUGGCAUUAUUAAUCUCUAUAAUUGCAUUGUGUUGCUCAUAGCUCUAACGUAAUGAUUUCUUGCAAGAGCCACCACUCUAUUGCACGAGUAUAUCGUUACCUGACAUCAAUCAAAAGCUAAUAGCUUUUGAUUUAAACAUCACCACUAGGAAAGAGAAUGAAUUAUUAUAUUUCCUUGCAAAUGCACAAAGCAUUUGCCUGCCUGAUAGCCUCGUGGUCAAAGCAGUAGCCACUGAGACAGCGUAUCCAGAGGUGACGGAUCAAUCUUUUGAUGUCUGAAAAUAUAUAUGCAGUGUGCCAAUAUUAAAUUUGUACAGAUCCAUUAACAACAACAAAUUGGAUCCAGCAUUUUUGGAAUCGAGAGGUGGACUAUCACAUUUGUAAAACUUUACCGAGCUGCAAGGGGCCGAGUAGACGGUAGUAGAGCAAGAAUAAUGCAUCCAUCUGUGCAAAACUUUGAGUUCAUUUUGAGAAAACUCUGCCCAUGCCCUGUGGCUAGCGGAGUUCAUUGUGGACUUUAGUCGCAUUGAUAAGUCAAUUUUAUUGUAACAAUAAAUGGCUACGUGUGCAGAUGCCUUUGUGGAUUUCCAUGUGAUGAUGAACGAUUCAACUGGGGGAGGUGCCCUGGUCAACAUUAGCGUUUUAAUACAACCCCGAGCUGGUGUUAUUGAAAUACAUGACAAUCCAUGUAAUCUCCCUACAGAUGGCCUCACAAUGAACUUAAUAAUUUACUUGUUUCAUCUGCCUAAUCUGGCUACAGUCAGCAAUGCCCUACUGCUUGGACAAUGAUCUUUUGUCAGUUAUCAGGGUUUUUUUCACAGUUUACCCCUCAAUUUGUAUGUAAUAUAAACAUAAACACUGCAUCAAAUUAAUAUAAUUUUAGCCCAUCACCAUCUGGGCCUAAAGUGGUGAAACAGACCCAUGUCCAUGGUGUUAUACCGACAGUCCAAAAACAAUUGCGCACAUAUUUUGGACAAUUUUUAUAUCGGCAAGUGUCAAUCCAGAUACCAAUAUGAUGUUUUAACUUACCUCCUUUCAUAUGGUGGCUCCUUGCAUUUGGUGUGAACUAUAUUUGGGGUUGUUACUGUGUGAUGUGCAAUGCCAAGUCAAAACUUCAACCAAGAUCUGCAAUUUUAUAAAUGUGAUGUUUACCGAUAUAUUUUGUUUCUGUUUUCACUCUGGUUAUAUGUGAAACUACUGUUAAGUACUGUAUUGAUAUGAGCCAGUCAUAUUUAAUGUAAAAUAUUUUGUGGAAUAAGGACUAAUAUAUACAGCAAUGAUGUUGUUUAAAAUUCUAUUUCUUAAGGUAUAUUUUUAGUGUUUUGAACCGUUAAUUUUAUAAAUGUAUAAUGCCCUGCUCUGUACUAUUUUGUACAUUAACACUGCUUUGGCUGUGCUUGUUACAUGUGGAAUAUUUCGACUGUUACAUUUUAAUGUGUUUAAGAGAUUGAGCUGUUUUUGAUUUGAAAUGACUUGUUGCACAAUAAAAUAAACAAAUGAAAUAA